AGCCUCUGGAGUCAGACGGCAUAAGAACGAAAGAAAGAGAGCUGCAGCCACGGUCGAGAGGGUGCCUGAAGUGUUCUGACUCCUGGCUCCACGGCCAGGUGUCUCUUUGAGCCAGCCAGACUGUGGAGCCGAGUGCCGAGAGCCCGCUCGCCUCGUCCUCCGCCCUCCGGCGCCAGGCGCGCCCAAUGGAUGGCCGAUGCCGCCUCCUGCUGCUGCUGCUGCUGCUGCCAGGCCCGCGCCGGGCCGGGGCGGGAGAAGAUGGCGCUGUCGCGGGGCCUGCGCUGCUGCCAGCGGGUGCUGGGCUGGGUGCCCGUCCUGAUCAUCACCCUGGUGGUGCUCUGGUCCUACUACGCCUACGUCUUCGAGCUCUGCCUGGUAACUCUGACCAACUCCAUAGAAAAAGUGGCCUACCUCACCAUAUUCCACAUCAUCUUUGUGUUCUUUGUGUGGACGUACUGGAAGUCCAUAUUCACUCCCCCACAGCAACCGGACAAAAAGUUCCACAUGUCCUACGCCGACAAGGAGCGCUACGAGAAUGAAGAACGACCCGAGGGGCAGAGGCAGAUCCUUUUCGAAAUGGCGCGGAAAUUGCCCGUCUACACAAGGACGGGGAAUGGAGCCAUUCGGUUCUGUGACAGAUGCCAACUCAUCAAGCCUGACCGCUGCCAUCACUGCUCGGUGUGUGCCAUGUGUGUAUUAAAAAUGGACCAUCAUUGCCCAUGGGUGAACAACUGCAUUGGAUUUUCUAACUACAAAUUCUUUCUACUGUUUUUAGCCUAUUCCUUGUUGUACUGCAUAUAUAUUGCUGCAACAGUCUUCAAGUAUUUCAUCAAGUAUUGGACAGCAGAACUGAACAACGGACGUUCCAAGUUCCAUGUCCUUUUCCUCCUCUUUGUGGCAAUCAUGUUUUUUGUAAGCCUCAUGUUUCUCUUUGGCUACCACUGCUGGCUUGUCGGUCGAAACCGGUCCACGCUGGAGGCAUUCUCGCCCCCCGUGUUCCAGAACGGCCCUGAUAAAAAUGGAUUCAACCUUGGCUUCGUAAAGAAUCUUCAGCAGGUGUUUGGGGAAGAAAAGAGGCUCUGGCUGCUGCCUAUUGAAUCCAGUCAAGGUGAUGGACACUUUUUCCUGACAAGAACCUCCAGUGAAGCUCGGAAUCCACUGCUAGCCAAUGAAGAGCAGUGGGAAGAAGAUGGUCUGGAGGAUGAGGAGAGCCAGGAUUACCAGCACGGUUCCUUGCUUUCGGUAGAAAUGGAGACGUAGCACUUUUGAAAGGCUGAUGGUACAAAACUCGCUCAGCGUCAUCCUUUCUCCUCUGAUGGACACUUGUGGUGGUGGGGAAAUGGGAAGGAAGCUGCUGGACGUCCAGGACUAAGGGUUGCUGUCUGAUCGCCAUAUCCUGGAUCUCUGGAAUGUUCUCCAAGAUACCUGCCUUGGUGAUGCUUCCAAGAGUUCCUACAUUACUGAUUUUAAGGGGGCAACCUUGGAGCAAUCAGUGACCUAUUCCUUAUAAGUCUUACCCAGAAUAAGUGGAAACUGCUUGUGGAAACCACAUUUCCAAAUGCCUUAUGCUGUAGUUACCCAACAUCCCAACGUCUGGUCCUAUAACAAAGAGUAAUUACAGCUGGAUUUACAGAUGGAUUGCCAACUGGACUACUCCCCAAAUGCUUGUGGCAGAAAUCAUGAUUGCCAAAUCAGGUCUUAUUACUAGAAAAACCAGGUGAGUAUGCAGUACAGACGCAGCCUGUGUAUGUGUCCACCAAAACUCCUCACUUUUGAUUCCUCACUUUAUUUCUGCCAAGAGCUCUGGCCCUUUGGGUCUAGAGGUGCCCUGACCUUGGUGGACAGUAACGGUUUCAAGAGUCUUAAGAGUACUGUGCUUGUAGCAGAAGCCUGGGACAUGGGUCCCCAGCUGUUGAUGACUACAACUCCAAGGGGAUGAUGGGAGUUGUAGUCCAAAAGCAUCUGGGGAACCCUUAUGUUAAUGCAGCCCCAGAGUAAGUUCAGGUUUCUGGAGCAGGAUGCCUGUCUCUGGGCUGCACAGCGGUAGCCUAGCUCUCACCGAGACAAACAUAUCUCUGAGCCAGUCCACUUCAGGCUGCUGAUGGGGCCAACAUGAGUAACUGCUCCUCUACACAAGUUUUCCUCUGUGGUUGAAAACUAGUGUAGCAGGCUGGAAAGUGCCAGUCAAGCCUUCUUCCUGAUGCUGUAUGGUUUUUGUGUAUAUAGGAUACUUCUUGUAUGAAAGUAGAUAGCCCGCCCCUCCGCCUGAAAUGGUACAACUCAGAAAAUAUCAAUAUAGUGAGAAUUUGCAAAGCACUUGAAUUUUUUUUAUCAAGCAUUCCCCCCCGCCCCCCAAGUGUUUUCUCCCUUUGGGUAUGCUGGCAGAGCCAGACCUUCUCUCCUAAAUUCUACUAGAAGUCGGCAGCUGAAGCUUUUUUGUUAUGAAGGUCCAGUCAAAUAAGACUCCCCAGACCCCUGAGAUUUCUGUGUUGCUGUGAGCUGUAACAAUGCACCAGCGGAAGAGAGACAUUUUAGAGAAAGCAAGAGGAGGUGGUUGCCUGUGGCGGAAUACUCAUCUUCUGGAGCUUGAUCUGUAGUAAACCCGUCUACAGCAGAGAUGGGAGGCUAUAGAACUCUUCAGAGCAAGACAUUUCUUUGUGCAGUCGUACUGAGACAUCUAGGCCAAGAAGCUGGGAAAGAUGCUUUUCGGUCUUUAAAGACUCCGCUGGGUUCCUUGUGCCGUCUCUUCUGUGGAUCACACUCGUCCACUGGGCCCAUUUACAGGGCCUCCAACCAUGGCCCAGCCUCCGACUUGAGAAUCUCAAGGUAUUCCAUGUGCCACCCCUGCCCUGCCCUGCAGAGACAAACUGGAGAAAAUUAAGUGUGCCUAAAUCCCACUGAGGACCAGGAGGGUUAGGCUUAGAGUUUCAUGUUUAAGCCUUAUUGAUUUCAGGGGGACCUCUGUGAGCGGCUUCUUCUCUGGAUUUUAUGCAGUGAAUGGAUAACUACACGUAUCCUGCUCACCUGGGUACACCUGCUGGAAACUUGGUCCUGUGUAUCAUUCCUGUGGUGUGUGUUUGAUGCAAAAUGGAUAUUUGCAUGGCUGUUCACACAUCAUUUACAUUCGUUUCCCAAUAGAAGUACUAAUUGCAGUGUGAAAAAUUGUAAUUUGUUGUUGUUACUUGAAUGUAUUUUCCCCCUUCUCUUCCCUGGUUGGAGCCAGGAUUCUGUAAUUAAUUUCCGUUUAACAUGCCAGCACAUCCUCCUCUGCCCAUCAAUCCUAAGCUUGUCAGACAUUAAAAGGCAGCAAAAUUAAAGUAACUCCUGGAAAAUAA